AUGAUUCAACUCAUACAGUCAUUCAACUCAUACAGUCAUGUCCAAUCAGUCCACGGGAUUUUUUAUCAUGAUGUCAGUUUACUUGUCCUGUUUAUUUCACUUCUGGCAGAUCUACCUCACAACGUGGUGGUGUCAGAGACUGGGCGUGGAUCUGGUGGAGAGAUCCACCCACUAGAUGUCAUUGUCUUGGUCAAGAGGUAUGCUGCAGACCGAGACAUGUGCCAGGAAGCCCAACUCUGCUUCCCUCACCGAUACUUGGCCAUGCUUGGACCUUGUCCUUCUGAUCCCAGGGAUCUGAACGCUCCAGUGAGGAGCAAGAAGCAGGACUAUCUUGAAAUUGGCAAGAUUCUUCUUCGGAAGUUCCCAUCCGAGUCAACUUCAAGGGCUUGCAGGUUCAUUUUAAAGCUCUGCCGGAAUGAAGCCCCCCAGGCGGUUCCUCGCCUGACUUGGUUUGAGCAGCCGCCUGUUGAGCAAGUGCUGGUAGACCUCACUGCCCCAAAUGUUGUGGGCAGGAUCGCACCAUUGAUGCGGUUCAACGCAGUUUUGAGAGAGUGA